AUGCCUCCCGCAAAGUCCAUCUCGUUCGAGCUUCUGCUUGACGAGGGUUCGAAAACAAGAGCACGGAUCCCCCUCAGAGUGGUUUUGAACACUCAUGACAGCACUGAGUCCAUCAUCACCACAGUGAAGAACUUUUACGGGAUAUACGAUGGCAAUGGCGUGAGCUUUGAAGAUUCGUGGGGAAACACCCUCAUACCCUCCUACGACAAUCUUGUACCCGACUCUACGGUCUAUGUGCGGAUCGUGCCGGCUAUCCAGCCAGCCUCUGCCGUCUUUCCACAUGGCGCACAUGGACUCGAGAAUGGUUAUGAACCAAGGCGUCGGCCAAGCCUUGGGGAGCCAUUCCAGAUGUUGCCGCCUCAUAUGAGGGAGCAGUCUCAUUCUCCGUCGAGGCCUUCGUCGAGGCUGGCGCGGAAGCGUAGCAUUUCUCCAACCCAAGGGCGAGGGCGCAGGAGUGCAUCGCAGCAAAAAGGCCCAGGCAUUGUGCCUCUCAGCCGUGGUUCUAGCGCGAAUGGAAGCUUUCAUGAUGACAAUGGCUACAGCGAUAGUGAAGCUGGGCGCAGUUCCAUUUCCGGCUCCAAGAAGGCCAGGAGUGAGCAGUUUGCGAGCUCCGACAUCAGCACUGCCAAUGUUCUACAAGAUGGGCGACGAGGGCAGUCUAUCUUCGACAGCUCGGCUCUUCCACUUUUUGUUCCUCCACAGGUCCCAAUAACCGCAUCGCAAUCCUCUAUUUCGCCUCAGAGACGGUCACUGCCCCAAGAGGUCCCCUCACCGUUUCAUCCACCGGCCCAGAAACUGUACGGACUGCAACAGCACCCGAUUCUCUCUCCACAAAGCUAUGGCCCGAGUCACAAUAUGGACGCCCCUGCCGACCACGGCGCAGGCGCCGGCAUGGCCACGCCGGUUCCUCAACAUCAUCACCGUUUGCGGGAUAGAUCUGCGAUGCAGCAGAAUCAGACCGGAACGCAAGGAUAUUCCAGGAACGGCGUGCUUCCUACUCCCGAUCCCACUGUUGCGAGUUGCAUCUCGGAUGAAGAUGUCGCCAGGACCUUGAUAGCAUUGGGUGACGCAUCCAACUACUCCCAUGGUCGAACCUCGAAUUCCACCAUCGACGAGACCUUCAGCGGCGCAGCAGACGCUGCCUCGUCGACCGGUGCAACCAGUGACAGUGACGAGUAUAGUGACGCAGAAGGGGGACUUCCAAAGUACAGGAAGUACCUUGAUGAUGAAGAUGAGCAAUAUGACCAGGCCAAUACUGAGCAUGACGUCGAUGAAUACGAUGGCCCGCCCAAGACGAAGAAGAUCAAGACCAAAAUGCAUGAUGGACCUACAAACGGCUACGCGACAAAGGCCGAUUCAAUGAAGAACAACAAGUCGUCCAAAGCCCGUUCCAACACUCUCCCAAAGGCAGCGAAAACCACAACUCAGCCGGGUUUGAUGAAAGCCCCUUCGGCGCCGGCCUCAGGUGGACAAGCCAGGAAGUCUUCUGGCUCGAGCAUCAACUUCCAACACCAGCUUGCCGCGGACGAAGAAGACCUGUCGUCCAAGCCCAGAUGUCAACGUUGCCGAAAGAGCAAGAAAGGAUGCGAUCGUCAACGACCUUGCGGUCGAUGCAGGGACGCGGGCAUUGGCAUAGAAGGCUGUAUCAGCGAAGAUGAGGGAGGUUCUCGGAAGGGCCGAUAUGGCAGACAUAUGGGAGUCCCAGUCAAGAAGGGCCUCGACCAAAUGGGACAUGAAGAGGACCCAGAUACCACAAUGACAAGCCUGCCCGCCGAAGGUGUGGCUGUCCACGGUAGUCCAGAGAAGAGCAAGAAGCGGAAGCGAUGA